AUGCAUACACAACGAUUUGAGGAGAAAUUGAAGAAACAUAUAACAAGCAAAUAUGGCACCAAGUGCCUAAGUGAAGCUUCGAGCACAAAGAAGGGAUUCCAUGAUUAUCACAAACGAAUCGCGAACUUGACAAUGGCAUCUUACGUUUUCACUUCUGUCCUGUCUCUUGCAACGGCCAUGAGUCCAGCUGGCACAGGAACAAGAACCCGUUUUGACAAAGCGGCUCUCGUCCUCGUUUCCGCUCUUUCGCUCGCGGCUUUGUUCACCCCCGCCGCAGCAAAAGUCAAUGUCGGCACGGGCUUCGGAUAUGAGAUCGAAGGCAACUGGGUAUUCAUUCAAACAGAUCUCGAUUACGACCUCCCCUUUUCCAAUAUCGUAACCUACGCCCACCUACCCUGGGAGCGCUGCUUCAAUCUCGCGCACAACAACCCCUUCGACAUCGCCAUCGUCGGCUUCCCCUUCGACACUACCGUUAGUGUAAAGCCUGGUGCACGUUACGGACCCCGCGGUAUCCGCGCCGGCAGCACGAAAGAGAAGCCCGGCCGUACGUAUAAUGUCAACUAUGGGCUUGAUUGGGCGACCAACUGGGCGAAGAUUAUAGACUGUGGGGAUGUGCCUGUCACGCCUUAUGAUAAUGCCCAUGCCUUCAUUCAGAUGGAGCAAGGGUAUCGCCAGCUGCUGCACAAAGAUGUCGUGACCCCGGCCCUCGCACCGCCCUCGCUCGACAAAACCACCCAUCCCCGUCUCAUCUCUCUAGGCGGCGACCACAGUAUUAUGUUGCCGAUUCUGCGCUCACUCAAAUCUGUCUACGGACCUAUCUCCGUCAUUCAUUUCGAUUCCCAUCUCGACUCAGUGAACCCGACCAAGGGAUAUAGCGGGGUUGUCUCGGAGCAGUCGAAAUUCACGCACGGGACCUUCUUCUGGCAUGCGGCACAAGAAGGGUGUAUUGCCAACUCUUCCGUGCAUGCGGGGCUGAGAACGAAGCUGUUCGGUCUGGGCGAUUAUGAAAAUGAUCAAGAAGUUGGAUUCUCCAUUAUUCACGCCCGGGAUAUUGAUGAUAUUGGCGUUCAGGGGAUCAUUGACAAGAUCGUUGCGGCCGUCGGUGAUAAGAUGGCUUAUAUAUCUGUUGAUAUUGAUGUUCUCGACCCUGGGGCUGCGCCUGCGACUGGGGCUCCAGAGGCCGGGGGCUGGUCGACCCGGGAGUUCAAGCGGAUUCUCGAGGGUCUGCAGGAUCUGAACAUUGUUGGAGCGGAUGUCGUCGAGGUGGCGCCUGAUUACGACACUAAUGCUGAGAUCACAUCUAUCGCAGCGGCGGAUAUGAUUAUCGACAUCAUCUCGGCAAUGGUUAAGAAAGGGCCUCUUGGCGGGUUCAAGUCCAAGAGCAGCAAGGAUGAGCUUUAG